CACUGACCUUUCAAUCUCAAGGAACAUCCCAUCAACGGAAAUCAAAGAUGUGUGUAGUCAAAGAGCUUUCCAUUUUUGUUCUCUUUGUUUUGAUUUUUGGAAAUGUAAUUCAAGCCCAAAAUUCACCUUCUCCAUCUCCUAAAUCCACUCCAACCACAACUCCUCCCUCCAAAUCUCCUUCAUCAUCGCCUCCUGCGAGUUCCCCAACAACAUCAUCGCCGCCUGCAGCAUCUCCGACUACUCCUCCUCCUCCACAGAUCCAACCACCGGCUGCGACUCCGCCUUCUUCUUCUAGCCCAUCGAUUUCUCCCCCAACUGCUUCUCCUCCGGCUUCCACUCCUUCAAGCUCUCCGCCUUCAUUGACUCCAACUAGUUCGCCUCCUUCUAUGACUCCGGCCGGGGCUCCACCUGUUUCGGCUGAUAUUCCUUCGAGUUCAACGACGCCGGCCGAAAGUCCCGGGGUUUUCCCGUCGAGCAGUAGUCCACCGAGUCCUACUCCGAUCGGUUCGUCCCCUGAGAGUGCAGCGGGCCCGGCUGUUAAUGAUGAUUCGGGUUCAAGAUCCGGAUACGAAGUCGGGUUCGUUCUAAGCUUUGGUUUGGUUAUUGGGGCCGCAUUGGCUAUUUAGAUUUUGAUACUUUUUUGGAUAGUAAUUUUUUUGAAAUUUUUAAUUUCUAAGCAGCACUUCAUUUUAUUAUUUUGGAUUUUUAAUUUCAUGUAUAAAGUAAAAGUAAAUAAAGUAAGCUAGGAUCUUCAUUAUUUUUAUAAUAAUCUCUCAUUUUUAAUUUA